AUGGUCAACCCGCACCGGUCGGCCUCACCUGACGAGGCUCCUUCCGGCGUCGCCACUACCUACGACGCCCUUAUGACUAUGAGUGGGUUGGAGAACGAGAGGAACCGACUCGACUCGGCGGUGGCCGACGCACCGGGUCUGGCACCUCCAACGGAGACGGGAACGCCGACGCUAUCGCCUCAUGUCCUAGGAUCGCCUGGUGUCGACGCAGACCUCGCGACUACGAUGAUGGGACUGGGCGACGGAGGGUGGGCGCCUACAGCGAGCAUCGACUGGGCAAUGAUGGAAGACUCGCCUACACCCGCCUCGGGAGACUCUUCGGUCACCGCCGACGUCGCCGCCGAGGUCAAGCAUGUUGACAUCCGGGCCGUCGCCCCCGAUAUCAAGGAGGCGGCCCAGACGAGUCCGGGGACGGACACACUUCUGCUGGGGUGGGGAGAGACGGUUGGGUCGGGACAUGCCCCCACCGCCGACACCGUCACCGCACAAGGCAAGAUCUGGAUCUGCCACUUCUGCGGACAGAGGCACAGAGCCACCAAAGGUGACAUCCUCGCCGGUGUCGAAGUAUGCCCCGCCUUACGCUUCCUUCUGGUUACCUGGGGAUCCACCUUCGAAUUUCAUCGGAAUAAGUCGACAUGCGGCAAGCCCUCGCCUCAUAUGAUGAUAUUCCGAGCCGCACCUCAGGGGCGCAUGAGCCCACAGGUUGUCAUUUUACCUAAUGAGACACCUCUGGCUGUGUGGCUCCGGUUCGAAUAUCACCUCGUAUCGGUACAUAGGCUCAACACCUUGGUGGGCCAACCGACUCGACAGCUAGCGGGAAUGGUCAUGCAAGUCCUCGGCAUCACGCGAUUGGAGGGACAGGAGCUUCUCACUAUCGCUAGGACGAGCCACAGUAAGCUGUACAACACCGGGCGGACGGACCUCCUACAGAUGGUCGCAACCCUCAUGUUCCACGGCUACAGUAUCGCCCACAGUGACUCUACACGGCUUAUGAACACCAAGGCGACGACGCAGGUGUACGAGCCACGGGCCAAGCUCGGCAAGCGAUCCCACCAAGGGAGAUACUAA